AUGGCCAGCACGAUAACAAUCCAACUGCCCGGGGGCCCCGUCAAAGCGAACUUGGUGGAGGACAGCCUCAUCCACGCACGAGGAGUUCCUUACGCUCAAGCUGAGCGUUUCAAAACGCCACAGCCGACCAAAAAUUGGACUGCCGCCUUGGACUGCACCGAACGCGCGCCAAUAUGUCCACAACUCCCUUCACGAUUGGAGUCUGUCAUGGGCCCCUUGACCAAGGGGCAUAGCUUGAGCGAAGACUGCUUGCACGUAUCCAUUAUCGCCCCCAAGGAUGUUGCAAAUGCUCCUGUCAUGGUUUGGCUGCAUGGCGGUGCGUAUAUUUCUGGCGGUGGAGACCUAGACUGCUACCAACCGGUAGACCUCGCCAAACGGGGGAUAGUAUGUGUCAACAUUACAUAUCGAUUGGGAGUGUUUGGAUACAUGUAUUUGGAGGGCAUUGCACCUGCCAAUCUUGGACUAUUGGAUCAGCGAGCUGCUUUGCAAUGGAUUCAGGAAAACAUAUCUGCCUUCGGUGGAAACCCUGGCAAUGUCACGAUGGUUGGACAAUCUGCUGGCGCAGAUUCGAUCAUUUGCUUGAUGGCCUCGGAAAAUACCAAAGGCCUCUUCCAUCGUGCCAUCCUUCUUAGCCCGCCAUUACGAGAGUUAAAGGAACGGACGCCCACGGCACCCAUGCUCACACAAAGAGCAGAGCAACUCUUUACCAAGGACCCAAGAGAGAUGUCUAUAGAUGAUAUACUUUUCGUUCAGAAGCAGCUUUUGAUGAAACCCGUUCAGACGCAAGUCAUGCUAUUUGCACCGGCUCUUGGAUACGCUCCCUUGCCAACGGAGCAAGAAUUUGAUCAAAAGAUCUAUGAGGCUACGAAGGAUAUUCCCAUUCUCAUUGGCUGGACCGAUCACGAUGGACGCCCCUUUGCCAGCAUGAUGGGACCCCAAAACUUACUCAAAUUGCCUGUUGUCGGAUCUUAUGUAGAGGCCCUUGGAACCUGGUACAUAACCCAAAGCUACUUCAAGUGGCCAUCUCAGCGCUUCCAUCAGCAGAUACUCCAAGCUGGGGGGACGUCAACAAGUUAUUCCUUCGGCUGGGCAGGAAAUAAGAAUCCGUUGGGAGCAUGCCACUGCAUCGACAUCCCAUUUGUGUUGGGAACGAGAGAGUCCUGGAAAGCUGCUCCUAUGCUCGCCGGCGAAGACACAGAAGAACAAAUCUCCCGGCUUGGCUCAGAACUCAAGGACUUGUGGGUGAAAUUUGCGAAUGGAGGAAAGCUAAAGGCAGAUCACCUUGAAAUUGGCAGAAAUUUUACUCUGUCGGGAACAAUUUUCAAGGACCUUUAG